CCUGGACCAAAAGCUCAGACCAGUACAAGGCCCUGAGAGCUGCAGGAGAGGAUGUUGACUUGGCAGGGAAACUAUUGUCUUGCAUUGUAUCUAAAGACUGGCUAACUGAGACUGAAGUUUUGUUCUCAAGGAAGUGGCUUUUUAAAAACAACACCACCACACACACACUCACCAUUGACUUUCCCCAAAGCCCUCCUGCCAACCAUCAGUCCAAUCUAAGUCGGCGAGAUAAGCAAAGAUGUCCAAAGGCGGAGCGCUCCAGAGAAAUAAGUUCACCGUGCGACACCAGAAGCGUUCAAGCGCCAGCGAAACAAACAAGAUGACUCCGGCACAGAUGGCACGCUACUUGGCCUUCGCCGACCCCAGUCAGCCCAAGGUGAAAGAGAUGCUGGCUGCCGUCCUCAUGAAGGACAGGAAUUUGGUGCCAGAAGAGGAAAAGGUGGCGGAACAGAAGAACCUCAUUGGGGUCUUAAAAGCCACCGAGGCUCGGAACCGCCUCCGGAACACGAGGCUCCAGUACCAGAAUCUGAGAGCACAAGAGAUCAACUUCCUGAUCUCCUUCCAGAGGAAUGCUAAAGGUGCUGUGAGGCUUGAGGUCUUCCUCCCACCCAGGAAGAACCUUAGAAAACUAGCAGACUGCAUGAAACACAGUCCCAGCCAUGAAUGUGGGACUCGCAACAUCCUCAUUCCAUUGGUGAUGCAUGUGAAAACUUAUGAGAAGCAGACACUGGCCCCAAUCCCCAUCUGUCACCACGUCCUUGCUUCCUCCUCUGUCAGUUUUGUAUUUUCUGCCUCCCCGUCCAGCAACCAUAUAGCCUGUUACAACUACUAG